GAGCGCCGUGCGGCCAUUGUGGCCGGGGCAGCGGGAGGCGGCGGCCGCGGCCGGGGCCGCUCCGAGCCAGAUCUUGAACACUUCACCAGGUCCUGGAGAGAGAAAACUACAUGACACUACACCAUGACUGACAGUAAAUGUGAUAGUCAGUUUUACAGUGUUCAAGUUGCAGAUUCAACAUUCACUGUGCUAAAACGUUACCAGCAAUUGAAGCCCAUAGGAUCAGGGGCACAGGGCAUUGUUUGUGCUGCCUUUGAUACAGUCCUUGGAAUCAAUGUUGCUGUGAAGAAGCUGAGUCGUCCUUUUCAGAACCAAACCCACGCAAAAAGGGCCUACAGAGAGCUCGUUCUUCUAAAAUGCGUCAAUCACAAAAAUAUAAUUAGUUUAUUAAAUGUAUUUACACCACAGAAGUCACUAGAAGAAUUUCAGGAUGUGUAUUUGGUUAUGGAGCUGAUGGAUGCAAAUCUGUGCCAGGUUAUUCACAUGGAAUUGGAUCAUGAAAGAAUGUCCUAUCUGCUUUACCAGAUGCUGUGUGGUAUCAAGCAUCUCCACUCAGCUGGUAUCAUCCACAGAGAUUUGAAACCCAGCAACAUAGUAGUAAAAUCAGAUUGUACCCUAAAAAUCCUUGAUUUUGGACUGGCAAGAACAGCAUGUACUAACUUUAUGAUGACUCCAUAUGUAGUAACACGGUAUUACAGAGCACCAGAGGUUAUCCUUGGAAUGGGAUAUAAGGAGAAUGUCGAUAUCUGGUCAGUUGGGUGCAUCAUGGGAGAAUUGGUGAAAGGUUGUGUGAUAUUCCAAGGCACUGAUCAUAUUGAUCAGUGGAAUAAAGUUAUUGAACAAUUAGGAACACCAUCAGCAGAGUUCAUGAAGAAACUGCAGCCUACAGUGAGGAAUUAUGUAGAAAACAGGCCAAAAUAUCCUGGUAUUAAAUUUGAGGAGCUCUUCCCAGACUGGAUAUUUCCAUCAGAAUCUGAUCGUGACAAGUUAAAAACCAGCCAAGCUAGAGAUUUAUUGUCAAAAAUGCUUGUAGUAGAUCCAGACAAGAGAAUUUCUGUAGAUGAAGCCUUACGUCAUCCUUAUAUUACUGUCUGGUAUGAUCCAGCUGAAGCAGAAGCUCCUCCACCUCAAAUCUAUGAUGCACAAUUGGAAGAAAGAGAACAUGCAAUUGAAGAAUGGAAAGAAUUAAUAUACAAAGAAGUAAUGGAUUGGGAAGAAAGGAGCAAGAAUGGUGUGGUAAAAGAUCAGCCCUCAGCACAGAUGCAGCAGUGAAUAGCAACACCAGCCCUUCCCAGUCAUCAUCUAUCAAUGACAUUUCAUCCAUGUCAACAGAGCAAACCUUGGCCUCAGACACAGACAGCAGCCUCGAUGCCUUGACAGGACCCCUCGAAGGAUGUCGAUGAUCAGCCGUGAUUGCAGACCUGACUUUGGAAAAAAAAAAAAAUGUAUCUCUUGUUUCCAUUGGGCCUGAAUUGCUUGUAAGUUAAUGGAACCAAGUAGAAAAAAAACUCCAUGUUCUGCAUGUUCUGCUAAAGUAAUGCCUGUUUUUUUUACUCAGUUGUUAUGAAAUUGCCUGCUUAAUGUUGUAGAAUGAAAGCAAAUCAAUGUCUAAAGAACAAAAAAAAAAAAAAAAUUGAAUUUAGACACUAUUAUAGGCUUUUCUUUGUUUCAGCCUAUUUCAGGUGAGCAGUUACAAUAGGCCUUUAGUCAAUAACUCCUCUUCAGUGGGUUCAUCAAUCUUCAGUCCCCACUGGCAGGCUUCUGUGACACAGUGGUUGUUUACAUUUUAGUACAGUAUUGCUCAUUAAUAGGUUUCUUGAAUGUAUAACCUCUAUGAAAGUUUGUUUUAGUGUGUGACUGUGGCAGUUUGCUUUAUUUAACUGGAGUGUUGUAUGUAAGUGUGAGCUCACAUGUUGAAUGCUCUCAGUUCUAUCUUUAAAGGGCACUCAUUCUUCCACAUAGCACUUUUUUUUUUUUUUCAAUUGAGCCCUUUCUGUCUUCCCUUUCCAACUGCUCUAUCUUCUUGUUGAAGAGAUAAAUGUGAAGUUUGAAGAAUAUAGCCACGACUUUGUAUUUCACCUGUGAGUAUGUGUCUCGUAACUUCUUCAGGUUUUUUUAGUGUGGAUGGAAGAUACAGUGGCUUCAAUAAAUCUGGAGGAAGGAUGAGUGACUUUUCUGUGGAGCAGUGCCUGUUUGGAGGAGGAGAGUGUGCUAAAAUGUUCUGUAUUUUCUAGCUUGUGAUACUGGUCCUUUAACAAACAUAAACAGAGAAGGAAAUGAUAUCUGUGAUGCUCUUCAUUCACUGCAAGCUCUGAUAAAAGGAGAGAUGAACUGGAGAGACUUGCAGCCUGGAAAAGCUGCAUAAAUAUUUUCCAUUUUUUUAAUGGGUCCACUCUAUCUAUUGAGUAAUUAAAAGAAAUGAAACUACCAUAGUUUUGAGUCACUUGUAAAUUUAAGUAUUCAGUUAAGAGAGCUCAGCUCUGUUAAACCUCUCUAUUUGUCCAGGGGAGGGAAAUCAUCCUUAAUACAUAUUUUCUAAGUACAGUGUCAGAGAAGAGGAGGAUGUUAUUUGCUGUUUCAGUUCAGACUUACCAAUACAGUUUUCAGAAUCAGA